GUCUCCAAACGCCUUCUCUCAUCCACAUCUUCCAUAGCCAGAGCUCCACCUCUCCCGGGCUUCGUUCGGCCCGCACGGUCCACCUCCGUUCUCUCUCACUCACUCCGGAUGGUUGUUCCCGGCGCGGCUCGGCUGAACCUGGUCAGGUGCAGGGUGAACCGGUCUGGAGGGUCGAGCUAUUCGCCGCUCAACUCCGGUUCGAACUUCAGCGACCGACCGCCGACGGAGAUGGCUCCGCUGUUCCCUGGAUGCGAUUACGAGCACUGGCUUAUCGUCAUGGACAAGCCUGGUGGUGAAGGCGCAACCAAACAGCAGAUGAUCGAUUGCUACAUCCAAACCCUAGCCAAGGUCCUUGGAAGUGAAGAGGAAGCAAAGCAAAAAAUUUACAAUGUGUCCUGUGAGAGGUACUUUGGUUUUGGAUGCGAAAUUGAUGAGGAGACAUCUAAUAAGCUCGAAGGUCUGCCUGGUGUUCUUUUUGUCCUUCCUGAUUCUUAUGUUGAUCCAGAGAACAAGGAUUAUGGUGCUGAGCUGUUUGUGAAUGGCGAGAUUGUCAAAAGGUCUCCCGAAAGACAGAGGAGGGUGGAACCAGUGCCCCAAAGAGCUCAAGACAGACCAAGAUACAAUGACCGGACCCGUUAUGUCAGGCGUCGUGAGAAUAUGCGGUGAAAACCUUGGGCUACGUAUGUUGGUCUAUGGGUAGAAAAGAAGUUGAGCUUUCUUAUUCUAUGGCUGUAUUUAUUAGGUGGUGUGGUGAUGACUACUUAUGCUUGUUUAUGUGACAAAACUUUGGACUUGGAACUUCAUAAUAUCAGGCAAUUUCGUGAAUGUAGCAGCAACCUUAUGUUUCUUCUUGAUAAACAAAUCUUAAUCGUUCUUAUCGAUGUGGUGAAUUGAGUU